AUGACCCCCAUAGAAUGGUUAAAACAUGUAAAUGCCUACUGGAUUAUCUCCAAUUUGGAUGACAGUAUUGAGAAAUAUGAUAACACGAAGUUACUAGCCUUUUUGGCGGAAAAAUUUAAACCACGAGGGGUGGUGGAUCUGUUUGGAAAGCUUGCAAACAUCCCAAAUUGCGAGAGAUUCGCAGAGGAUGUACAACGAACCAUGGUAUUGGAUUCCACGUACAAGGAUUUAGUGUUUGGUCUAUGGAUAGACAAAGGAUACAGCCCAGAAACGAUUCUCGACAUUUUUUUUUUUACGCACAAACCUGCGGUCAUUAAAGUUACGGAUCAACUAUUCUUGGUGUGGCUUGGGUACUUCACGUGGUACUGGAAACUUACAAACAGUAAAAGCCCAUUGCGCUACGUUGACUUUCUGAAGGCACUUCGCAAAUAUUUACCGAUAGAUUAUCUGGAUGAGAUGAUUCCAUCACAAGCGUUGAAGGAGGCUUUCUUAAAACAACAAGUUGACGGCGUGCUGGACGACUUAAAUAUCAUACGGUGGACUUGGCUUAUGGAUUAUUUUUUACGCAAAAAGGUUCGCCCAGAUCGUGUGUUUCUCAAAAUAAACAAAUAUUUGCAUGAUUUAGAUAAUCCAGACAGCCCUGUGCUGUUGUGGAUGCUCAAUUACGUCGUUUGGUACAGGAGACAGUCUACAUUUACCAACACCGAGCUGUUCAUAUUCUUGACUUCCAAACUCUCGUUUGAAUCGCUGAUGAAGAUGUUGCGAUCGCAAUGGAAAUCCCCGCAAUUUAAAAAACUAGCAAACGAUAUGCUGAACUCCAUGUUUUCUUCCACAACCAUGCUUACGACUUUGGCGAAAUCUGGAGUCAAACUUGAGGAAUAUUUUCGACACCUUGUCAGUGUAUAUAAUACGGCUGCUACGUCUUCUGAGCCGAAAUUCAUGGCAUUAACAAUAAGAUAUGACAUGGCUUCACAGUACCUCAAAUAUGCUUUGGUGGUAGAUUAUCACAUCAGAAAUAUGAAAUAUGACGACAGCUCAUUUGACAAAAGCUUCAACACCUCAUUUGACUUUUUGAGUAAGGAGAUGAAUGAUAUAUCGGAUUCUUUUUUGAAAAAAUUACUACACGACAUGUUAAUGAUGGUAACAUGUCGGUUCAAGAUAAGUGUUGUUAUGCUAUCGGCUGCCAAUUAUCCGCUUCACGAGAAAAUUUGGACGUUCCCAUCGAUCACAUAA